AUGUCCGCCGUCAACUCGGCGGCGACGACGUUCGACCGGAUGAACAUCAAUUCGCCGUCGACGCCCGCGCUCUCGAUAUUCCCCAACUCCUCCUCGCUCUCGCUGAGCCAGAAGACGACCGGCCAGGGCGGCGUGGCGGUCAUCAAGGAGGGCUACGUGCGGUGCAAGGAGGACAAGUUCCUCGCCAGCUGGAACCAGCGCUACCUCGUUCUACGCGAGUUCCGCCUCGACUUCCUCAAGAACGAGACGGGCAAGAGUGUGCUCUCCAUCCAGCUCAGCAACGUCAUGAACGUGACCCGGUCAGAGGAUACCAAGAUGGCCUUCGAGAUUACCAGAGUGGCCAACCCCAAGGAUGCGAAUGCCCGCAGCCCGUUGGGGGCCCGGGACGUCGCUACCAAGACCAUUACCUGCGAGGUCAAGAGCGACGACGAGAUCUACGACUGGAUCGAUAAGAUAUACGAACGAUGUCCUGGCAUGGGCGGUGUCAGCAACCCGACCAACUUCAGCCACCAGAUUCACGUCGGGUUUGACCCCCAGACCGGUGCCUUUGUUGGCCUCCCGCCAGAGUGGGAGAAGCUGCUCACGGCAUCUGCCAUUACCAAGGAAGACUACAAGAAGAACCCCCAGGCCGUCAUCGAGGUGCUCGAGUUCUACUCCGACAUCAAGAUGCGUGAGCAGAACCCUCAGUAUUUCCCGGGCAUGAGCACUCCUGCCCCCGCUCCACAUAACAUGCAGCCUCUCCGCAGCCAUGGGGGUGGUGGUAGUGGUGGUGUUGCUCCCCCAAGACCUCCUCCUCCAACCGGCCUCCAGCGUCUGGAUACCAGCCAGUCUAUGCGCGGACACGACGACAGAUCCCCCGGCAGCGGCUCUCCUGCACCGUCAUCCUCCCAGCGCAAGGCCUCGGAUCCCGCUGACCGGCCAUACGACCAGCAGCAGUACAGCCAGGACCGGUCCAAGGAGAUGCCCCAUCCAGACCAGAGGCGGAGAAUGGAAGAAGAAGCUCGUCGUAUUCGUGAAGCACAGAGACAGCGUGAGGAAGAACAAGCCCGCAGAGAACAGGAAGCAUACAAUGCCUCCUUACCAAAGACCCGAGUGCCAAUUGCUCAGCAGGAGCUCGGUGGAUAUGGUGGUCCUCGAGAGUCACCCAGCACAUCCAGCAGCAGCAGAUAUAACCCUUCACGACCUGCUCCCCAGGCCCCUUCAGGCGACAGAGCUCGACAGCCACAGCAGGAUUCCAGACAGAUGACUGCCCAGCGUCCUGCUCCCUCUCCACCCAGAAACGGGGCCCCCUCGUCAUCAUCAUCACCAUCACACUCCAGAGACGAUCACAGUGCUCAGCGAAGUGCUCCCCGUCCAGACCAGAGCCGACAGCAGCCUUCCAGCUCGCGUUAUGCAGGAAACGACAGCCGUAGCCCAGCUCGCACCCAACCACGCCAGCCAAACGGCUCUGCUGCGUCCGGCCAGCCUCCAAGCCGUCUCCCUGCUCCUGUCCAGGCCGUUAAGCCUCUUAACGUUGCCAACAAACACGGGGCUACUACUACCACUAACAACAACAACAAUACCAACAAGGCCAACGGAGUCCCAGACGGUGUCCGUCAAGCUGAAGCUGCUCUGGCCAAGAAGCCAGACCCUUCCCGCCAAAAGGACGUCCGCAUGUCAACCAUGUCCGAGAGCGAGGUCAUGGAGAAGCUCAGACAGGUCGUUUCAAAGGAGAACCCCAACGAGUCGUACAGCAAGCAACGAAAGAUCGGGCAGGGCGCCUCUGGAUCCGUGUACGUUGCUCGUGUCAAGGAGAAUGCAAGCUCUCCCGUGGCCCGUGAACUGUACCGCACACACGGCCCUCGUGGACAGGUUGCUAUCAAACAGAUGGAUCUAAGGAGCCAGCCUCGCAAGGAACUUAUUGUCAACGAGAUCAUCGUCAUGAAGGACAGCCAGCACCCGAACAUUGUCAACUUCCUCGACUCAUUCUUGCAGGAGUCCAGCAAUGAACUGUGGGUUGUUAUGGAGUUCAUGGAGGGCGGUGCCUUGACCGACGUCAUUGAGCAAAAUCCUGUUAUUCAAGAAGAUCAGAUCUCCACCAUUUGCUACGAGACAUGCAAAGGAUUAGCCCAUCUACACGGCCAAAACAUCAUCCACCGUGACAUCAAGAGUGACAACGUCCUCUUGGAUAGGGUAGGAAACGUGAAAAUUACUGAUUUCGGAUUCUGUGCCAAACUCACCGAGUCCAAGAGCAAGCGUGCCACAAUGGUGGGAACUCCUUACUGGAUGGCUCCCGAAGUCGUCAAACAGAAAGAAUAUGGCCCACGAGUCGACGUCUGGUCCCUCGGAAUCAUGGCAAUUGAGCUGAUCGAAUCUGAACCACCAUAUCUGAAUGAAGAACCGCUCAAGGCACUCUACCUCAUUGCCACUAACGGAACCCCAUGUCUCAAGAAGCCAGAGAAACUAAGCAAGGAGCUCAAGUCUUUCCUUAGCGUAUGUCUUUGCGUCGAUGUCCGAAGCCGUGCCUCCUCUGAUGAAUUACUUUCCCACGAGUUCCUCAAGAACGGAUGCAGCUUGGCCAGCCUCGCCGAGCUUCUACGAUUCAAGAAGAACUCUUCCAACUAA